UGAAAAAUCAAAGGAAGAAGGAGGAGGAGGAAGUAACUUGUCUGUUUGUUAUCCGUAUGGUCUUGCUCAUAUCCGGUCCAAACAGAACAUGUCUUCAUCGGAGAGUCAUCCGCGGUUCGGCCAGUCCGUCAAGGGUUUAUUAUCCGACAAAGUGGGUUCGUGUAGUGGGGACGUGAUCGCUCUGACCCGCCAGGUUCUCAAAGGCUCCCGCAGUCAGGAGCUUCUCAGUCAAGCAGCAAGAAACAUGGUGAUUCAAGAGGAUGCCAUCCUGCACUCUGAAGAUAGUCUGAGAAAAAUGUCCAUCAUCACAACACAUCUACAGUACCAGCAAGAGGCCAUCCAGAAGAAUGUGGAACACUCGAAAAAUCUGCAAGACCAGCUGACACACCUGCUGAAAUGAAACGACGCAGAAUCAGAGAUGUCAGGAGUGGGUGUGUUUUGGUCCGAGCUGAGCUGGAAUGGGUACCGCAAAUUCUGCUAUUAUCGAUGUGGUACUCAGACAGCACUUUGAACUAUGAGCUAAGGAGCCAGACUGUGCAUUUCUGCAUCUGCAUUGGGCUUUUUGUUCGGUUUUGUGACCAUUUGCUGGUGUUACAUCUGAAUGUCUCUACACAGAAAUUGAGCUGAUGAGAAAAAAUUGCAACACAACUUUUAUGCCACAGUAAUAAAUAUUCAUGUUUCUUACUGUUUGUUAUUGGUUUUCUCCAGUAAUGUUAAGAUCAGAGGUCAGAGCUGCUCCUUCACAAAGAACCAUCGUACAUUU